GCUGUCAAGCUGACAUGUCGUAAAAUCAGCUGCUCCUAGAAAUUAAUUUUUAAUAAUUUAAGUUUUUAUUGUUUCUUUUUACUUUUUAAUGUUUAAUACAUAAAUAACGUUAAUACAUUUAUAGACUUAAGUUGUAUCAGUGUUAAAAUAAAGUAUCUCUGGCUUACGUAGCCAUAACUAAAAUUGCAAGACCAGGUGACAGUAGAAAAAUUUGAAACUCAACGAACAAAGGAGUUUACCGGGGGAGUAUUGCUUUUAUUUUCUUUGUUAUUUGCCCUUAAAUCAUACUAUUAACUAAGGUUUAUCGCACAUUACACUUUUACAUUCUCGUAAAUCGCGAGACACGUCCCAUCACACAGAAAAGACAAAAGUUUCCUCACUUUGCUUGACUGAUAGUGGAAGCAAAGUCGACGUAAACUUAUACUGUCUCAGACAACAAAAACAUACACUACAACAUAAUACCUCGAGCUAUAAUACAGUACGUAAAGUUAAUUUAUUGUUUCCACCUAUUAAAUUGCUUGCUUGAAGAGAAUAAGUUGUAUUUUCCAAAAGCAAUCUUUAACAAAAGUAGCUACCUACAUAAGUUAUAUUAUAUUUAUGUUUUGUGUGUUGAAUUACACUUUCAUUCCAUGGUAACUGUGAAAUACAAAUAUAUACUUGAAAUACUAAAUUAGAAUUUAAAGAAUUUAUUUGAAUUUAAAUUAGAAUUUAAAGAAUUUAUUUGACCUCAACUUCAGUAUAGACUUUUAAACAAUUAUUAUUACUCAUUUUAUUUUACAUUUUCCAUCUCUUUUUCAUUUUCAUUUUCCUUUCUUUGUAUGUCAUCUAUUUUCCUUCUUUAACAUUUAUUCUGAUUGGUGUGUUUCAGGAACACUUGUAUGAUGGCACGUCCAAUGUUAACUCGACGGGCAGCCGCAAUGGAACAGCAACUCCAACUAAAAAAUGCCCUACUGGAAAUCAAGUCACUGAAACAACUAAAUUCUGAUUUGUUGAAGGAACAUGAUGAUAAUGAAGAGGAACUGAGGAAUAUUAUUACUAAAAACUCACAAUUAAAAUCUGAGCUCGCCGAACUACACAGCACUCACUCUAUGGUUUUAGAGGAGCGCAGCCAGCUUCAGGAAGCAGUUGAUACAUUCAACCAGUGUAUACGGACUUAUGAUGAAGCCCUGGCUAAAAUAUCAAUGUUGGAAGAUGAACUGAACAGUGCACACAAGACAAUUGAUGACCUUCAGUCACAAUUACAACAAUUUGAAACACAAAAUACGAACAAUCUUUAUAAUGAACUGCUUGCCUCUUCCACAUCAGUCCCGGCGCCAAUGCUUUGCAUUGAUCUGACUUGUGACAGCCCAUGUGCAACCAAAACUUUGGCUAUGCCCCAAUCUAGGUAUAAUUUAUUUAAUAGCCACAAUAAAAUUAAAAAAUACAUUAAAAUUAAAAAAUUUAUGAAAAAGACUCAAAAACUAAUUAAAUUUCAUAGUACAAAUAAAAAAAACCUGGCUUUGAGAAAGGAACGGUCACUAUUAAUUAAAAAAGUAAACACUUACUGUUCUUUACUUGAAAAUUCCAGGGAAAAAUAUGAAAAUGAAACUCAAAGUUUACAGCAUGAACUAAAUCAGAUGGAAAAUAACUUGCAGGAAAUAACUGCUAAAUAUGAGUUGUCUCAAAGUCAGAUCCAUGAUCAAAUCAUAGUGGCUGAAGAGUUGUUAGCCUUAGGUACAUACAAUAUGGCCCGUUUUGAGUCAUUAAGUAACAAAUGCCAAUGUUCAAAUCAGGUACCUUCGGUUACUCAGGACUGUAGUAGUGUUUUAUCUAAUUCUGGAUAUAUUGACUUGAGCCAAAAUGUGCAAUGUAAUAAUAAUGUUAUUCCAAUUCCUUCAACCUCAGAUAAAAAUUUAAGUUCACAUAGUUUUAAUUUGCCAAAAAAGGCUCAAAAAAAGACUCUAAUAAUUUCUGAUAAGUUAGGUAAGGAUUUUGGCUCCAUUAUGAGCCAAUACCUAAACCAUUCAGUGACUAAUAAAUGUUUUCCAGGGGCUAGUUUUAAUUAUUUAAUAAAUAGUAUAAGUACAGAAAAUGUAGUUGGCUACUCAAAUGUAAUUUUGAUGUUAGGGAACAGUUUAAAAAAUUAAAAGGCAUCAAAUCAUAAAAUGUGUUGAAAAGCUUUUGGUAUUACAUAGUAGAACCAAAUGUAAAUUUAUGUAUGACUUUUUCAAAAGAGCAACUGUUGAGUUUCUUGCCGGUAUCUUCUCAGCAGGACCUGCCUUCCGAACCGAUGGUAGAAUCUUUACAAAUAGUCAACUGACGUGUCAAAAGUGCUUGUAAACUGAGCCUACU